CCCUAGAUGUCUGGCAAGGUGGCCAUUGGCAGUGACAUUGGGCAGGCCCGCCGGGCUGUGGAGCAGCUUCGGAUGGAAGCGGGCAUCGACCGCGUGAAGGUGUCCAAGGCGGCCGCUGACCUGCUGCAGUUCUGCACAGAGCAGGCCAAGAGCGACCCCUUCCUGGUGGGCAUCCCAGCGGCCACCAACCCCUUCAAGGAGAAGAAGCCCUGCACCAUCCUAUGA